CUGGGGGGCGUACCCGGGGCGGUGUAAGCUGCGGUUGUAGCCGCGACGUGUCCUUCUGCUGCGGGGGUCGGGCUUGCCGCUGUCUCGCCAUGGCCGCGUCCGACGCGAGCCGCGUGCGGGAGCUGGAGGAGGAGCUGCGCGCGCUGCGGGCGGGGGCCGGGCCGGGCCCGCGGGCGCGGAUCGAGCGCAUGAGCCCGGAAGUCACCGACUCCAACCCCUACAGUCGCCUGAUGGCAUUAAAACGAAUGGGAAUUGUGAAAGAUUAUGAGAAAAUCCGUACCUUUACAGUAGCAGUAGUAGGUGUUGGUGGAGUUGGCAGUGUCACUGCUGAAAUGCUGACAAGAUGUGGCAUUGGUAAGCUGCUGCUGUUCGAUUACGACAAGGUAGAGUUGGCAAAUAUGAACAGACUCUUCUUUCAGCCGCAUCAAGCUGGACUAAGCAAAGUACAGGCAGCAGAGUAUACUUUGAAGAAUAUUAAUCCUGAUGUGCAAUUUGAAGUACAUAACUACAAUAUUACAACAGUAGACAACUUCCAACAUUUCAUGGAUAGAAUAAGUAACGGUGGGCUAGAAGAAGGGAAACCCGUUGAUCUUGUACUGAGCUGUGUAGAUAACUUUGAAGCUCGCAUGGCAAUUAACACAGCCUGCAAUGAACUUGGACAAAUAUGGAUGGAAUCUGGAGUGAGUGAAAAUGCAGUCUCUGGGCAUAUACAACUCCUCAUCCCUGGUGAAACUGCUUGUUUUGCGUGUGCACCCCCACUUGUCGUUGCUGCAAAUAUCGAUGAGAAAACAUUAAAACGAGAAGGUGUCUGUGCUGCCAGUCUUCCCACCACAAUGGGAGUUGUUGCUGGGAUUCUUGUACAAAAUGUUCUGAAGUAUCUAUUAAAUUUUGGUACUGUGAGUUACUAUCUUGGUUACAAUGCAAUGCAAGAUUUCUUUCCCACUAUGGCAAUGAAGCCAAACCCACAGUGCAGUGACAAAAAUUGCAGGAAACAGCAGGAAAUAUAUAAGAAAAAAGAAGCUCUACAACCAAAACAAGUAGUAAUUGAACAAGAAGAAGAAAUAGUACAUGAAGACAAUGACUGGGGCAUUGAGUUGGUAUCAGAAGUUUCAGAAGAGGAACUGCAAGCUGCUUCUGGUCCAAUCCCCAACCUUCCAGAGGGAAUUACUGUAGCAUAUACCAUACCUAAUAUGGAAGAGAAUGCUGUAGCUGAGGAAACAGUGGCAGAAUCAGAGGAAAGCCUGGAAGAACUCAUGGCCAAAAUGAAGAACAUAUAGAUAAAAGAAAUAUCAAAUUGGAUGUUUUGGACCUUGAGAGAUCAAGAAAUAUUGCAAGAUAUAUUUGAGGAAAUUAAACUCCUAUGAGAACAGUUUUAAAACUUGAA